GCAGCAGCAGCAAAAGGAGGAGUUGAGUAGGGUUUUAGAGGCGAAGAGACGAAGAGAGGCAAAUCGAAAGAGAGCAAUGGAUUUUUCAGCGCCAUCAAGCGGGUCUUCAUCAACCCAAUUCAACCCUGACCAGUUCAAGAGCCAGCUUCAGUCCCAACUCGCUCAGGCUUAUGCCGAGGAGUUCCUUGAGACCUUGAGGACUAAGUGCUUUGACAAGUGCGUCACAAAACCAGGAUCAAGCCUAAGUGGGGGUGAGAGCAGCUGCAUCUCUAGAUGCAUGGAUCGCUAUGUUGAGGCCACCGGCAUCAUCAGUAAAGCUCUCUUUAGUGCAGCAGGCCAGCGCUAAAUUUCCCAGUAUCAAAUUGCUUUUGUGAAGAGAGCCAAAGUUGCAAAAUAUAAACAAACUACAAAUGCAAGUUGAGAUUAUGCUGUUUUGUACUCUUCUAUAGCGAAGAUCAACUUCUUUCUUAGGACCAAGCGUUGCAUUCACAUUAUUGUGCUAAUUUUAUGUACUCCACUGUUGAGCUCUGCAUACAUUUUCCUCUGCGAAUAAUCCCCAUUAAUACGCAAUAUUGAUUCGAUUGUUUCUUCCAUCUUUGUUAUUGUAUAUUUACGAUUUGACCUAUC